AUGGUCGCUCAAGUUCAAAAGCCAGCUCCAACCUUCAAGAAGACUGCUGUCGUUGAUGGUGUUUUCGAAGAAGUUUCUUUGGAACAAUACAAAGGUAAGUACGUUGUCUUAGCUUUCAUCCCAUUAGCUUUCACUUUCGUUUGCCCAACUGAAAUUGUUGCUUUCUCUGACGCUGUCAAGAGAUUCGAAGCUUUGAACACACAAGUUUUAUUCGCUUCUACCGAUUCUGAAUACUCUUUGUUAGCUUGGACUAACGUUGCUAGAAAAGAUGGUGGUCUAGGUCCAGUCGACAUCCCAUUAUUGGCUGACACCAACCACACCUUAUCCAGAGAUUACGGUGUUUUGAUCGAAGAAGAAGGUAUUGCUUUAAGAGGUUUAUUCUUGAUCGAUCCAAAGGGUAACGUUAGACACAUUACCAUCAACGAUUUACCAGUCGGUAGAAACGUUGAAGAAGCUUUAAGAUUAGUCGAAGGUUUCCAAUGGACCGACAAGAACGGUACCGUUUUGCCAUGUAACUGGACCCCAGGUUCCGCUACUAUCAAGCCAACUGUUGAAGCUUCCAAGGAAUACUUCAAUGAAGCUAACAAAUAA